AAGCCUUAAUGUGUUGUGCAAGCUUUAUUGGACUGUCCAACAAUAGAGAGAGUGCAAAAUGAGAGCAAGAGCAUUAAGAAAGCUGUCGGAGAACACUGCAAGUGCAUGAGAACAGUUCUCCGCGCUCUGCCUCUAGCUCUGGGAAAAGUAUAAAUACGCUGACGAUCUGCCUCGCUCUUAUUCAGUCUUCGUUGAUCAUUCAAAUUGUUAAGUCGUGCGAGUUAAAAAAAUGGUGUUAGGAAGUGAUGGUGUUUCGUCUAAGGGCGAUGACAAAUAUUGUUUUGCUAUUGAUCGUGGCGGCACCUUCACCGAUGUGAUCUGCAUCUGUCCAGGCGGUCGGGUGCGUACUAUGAAGUUGCUUUCCGAGGAUCCAGAGCGUUACAGCGAUGCUCCUCGUGAGGGCAUUCGACGUAUACUUAAAGAGGAAACUGGCGCAGACCUAGCCCCCUCUGGUUUGGUGGAUACCUCCAAGAUUGGUUGGGUGCGCAUGGGCACAACUGUGGCCACCAAUGCACUGCUCGAACGCAAGGGCGACCCUGUUGUGCUGGUGGUCAACAGUGGCUUCCGCGAUCUGCUCUACAUUGGCAACCAGGCUCGACCCAAGAUAUUCGACUUGAACAUUCGUAAACCGGCUAAUCUAUAUCAGACUGUCGUCGAAGUCGACUGCCGCAUUGUGCCCGAGCAAAAGGAGCGCUGUCAACUGACUCAACAAUGGAAGGUGCUACAGGGCGUAGCAGGCAGCAAGUACCUGGAAGUGCAGCCCGUGGAUGAAUCCUCUGUUCGGAAAUCGCUUUCUGCCGCCCGCAAGCAAGGUAUCAAUGCUGUCUCCGUGGUGCUGACUCACAGCUAUGCCUGCCCCGAGCACGAGCUGCGCAUUGGGGCCAUUGCCAAGGAAUUGGGAUUCAGUCAUGUCACACUGUCCCACCAGGCGAUGCCCAUGUGCCGCGUGGUUGCUCGCGGCUAUACAGCCUGCGCUGAGGCCUAUCUGACGCCCCAUGUUGAUCGCUACUUGGCCAGUUUUAAAUCCGGUUUCGACAAUCAAUUGGCCGGCGUGGACGUGCUCUUCAUGCAAUCGGAUGGCGGUUUAACGAACAUGGACAAUUUCCGUGGAGCUCGUGCCAUACUCUCAGGACCUGCCGGCGGCGUGGUUGGCUAUGCACUAACGGGAUCGCGUGAAACCGAUUUACCCUUGAUUGGCUUUGACAUGGGUGGAACAUCAACGGAUGUAUCACGCUAUGCUGGAAAUUAUGAGCACGUUAUUGAAAGUACCACAGCAGGCGUGACAAUUCAGGCUCCGCAAUUGGACAUCAAUACAGUGGCAGCCGGUGGCGGAUCUCAGCUGUUCUUCCGCUCGGGCAUUUUUGUAGUGGGUCCCGAAUCGGCGGGUUCUCAUCCGGGUCCAGCUUGUUAUAAGAAGGGAGGUCCUCUAACUGUGACGGAUGCCAACCUCAUGCUAGGUCGUAUUCUGCCUCAGUACUUCCCCAAGAUCUUCGGACCCAGUGAAAAUGAACCACUGGACUAUGAGCUCACCAGGCGCAAGUUUACCGAACUGCAGUCGGACAUCAAUGCGCACCUCGCAGCCACGGGGGAUUCCAGAGUAUUGACCAUUGAACAAGUUGCUCUGGGUUUCAUUCGGGUGGCCAACGAGACCAUGUGUCGGCCUAUACGCGCACUGACGCAAUCUCGUGGCCUGGACACCGCUAACCAUGUGCUUUCCUGCUUCGGUGGUGCUGGUGGACAACAUGCCUGUUCCAUUGCUCGCAAUCUAGGCAUAGCCAAGGUGGUCGUCCACAAGUAUGCGGGCGUGCUCUCUGCCUACGGAAUGGCACUAGCUGACGUUGUCCAGGAGGUACAGGAACCCAGUGGCUUGGAGUUUAGUGCAGCCAAUGACCAGGUGCUCAAGGAGCGUCUCGAUGCUUUGUCCAAGCAAUGCCACGAUAAGCUAUCUGAGCAGGGCUUCCGACAAAUUGAGUUACAGCCAUUCCUGCAUCUGCGCUACGAGGCCACGGAUGGAGCUCUAAUGUGCGCACCAGCAGCUGCUCCAGAUGCCAAGGAUUCCUCUUCGGUCCUGCUGUCCUCUUAUGGCGACUUCCAAGCCACAUUCCUGGAGCGUUACCGCACCGAGUUUGGCUUUGUGCUGCAGAAUCGUCGCGUCAUUGUGGAUGAUAUACGCAUUCGAGGGUUGGGCAAAAAUGAAACGCCGCCAGAGCAACAAGUUCAAGCUGCUACCGAAGCGACGCCCACAGCGGAGGGCACCACUUUGGUGCAUUUCGAUGAGGGCGGCUUUAAUGCGCCCAUCUAUCUAACCCAGAAUCUGAAAGCUUCGCACAAAAUCAUCGGCCCAGCUGUACUCAUCGAUCAGUUAUCUACCAUAAUUGUUGAGCCCGAGUGCAACGUGGAGGUGACUAGCUAUGGUGACCUUAUUAUUGAUGUGAAAACUGGUGGCAAGCAUGGCAUUAACGAGGAACUGGAUCCUGUUCAUCUGAGCAUCUUUAGCCAUCGCUUCAUGAGCAUUGCCGAGCAGAUGGGCAGAGUGCUCCAGCGCACAUCCAUUUCGACAAACAUCAAGGAGCGUCUGGACUUCUCCUGCGCUCUGUUUGGCCCAGAUGGUGGAUUGGUCAGUAAUGCACCGCACAUUCCUGUGCAUCUGGGCUCCAUGCAGGCCACUGUGCAGUACCAAAUAGAAGUGCGAGGAGAUAGUCUCAAGAAUGGCGAUGUGCUGCUCGCCAAUCAUCCUCAAGCUGGAGGCUCACAUCUGCCGGACAUGACCGUCAUCACACCAGUGUUUUACGAAGGCCAGCCAAAGCCAGUGUUCUUUGUCGGCUCCCGUGGUCAUCAUGCUGACAUUGGCGGCAUCACCCCAGGUUCGAUGCCGCCUCAUUCCACAACCUUGGCACAGGAGGGUGCCGCCUUCAAGUCAUUCUUCAUUGUGGAGAAUGGACAGUUCCAGGAACAGCAGAUUGUGGAACGCCUCACAACGCCAACUAAUGCCAAGGGUGCUGUGGGCACACGUAAUCUCGGCGACAAUAUCUCCGAUCUGAAGGCACAGAUCGCUGCCAACCACAAGGGCAUUAAUCUGGUGUCCGAGCUGAUUGACAGCUACGGUUUGAGCGUUGUUCAAGCCUACAUGGCACAUAUUCAGAAGAAUGCCGAACUUGCAGUGCGCGACAUGCUGCGCCAGAUUGGCAAGGAUACUCUCGAGCGUACUGGCUCAACAGUGCUGACUGCUGAGGAGCACAUGGACGACGGUUCACCCAUUUGUCUACGCGUCACCAUUGAUCCCGAGAGCGGAUCGGCUGUAUGCGACUUCACAGGAUCGGGUCAAGAGGUGUGGGGCAAUUGCAAUGCUCCUCGUGCUAUCACCUUGUCGGCACUUAUUUACUGCCUGCGAUGCAUGGUGGGUCACGAUGUGCCACUUAAUCAAGGUUGUUUGGCACCCAUUGAGGUGAUCAUACCCAAGAACUCCAUAUUGGAUCCCUCGGAGGGAGCAGCUGUAGUCGGUGGUAAUGUGCAGACCUCGCAGCGCAUUGUGGACACUGUUCUCAAGGCAUUCCGUAUUUGUGCCGCCUCACAGGGCUGCAUGAACAACAUCACCAUUGGAGAUAAUGAGUGGGGCUACUACGAAACUGUUGCUGGAGGAGCUGGAGCUGGUCCUGACUGGCAUGGUGCUGGCGGAGUACACACACACAUGACUAACACCCGUAUUACCGAUCCGGAGAUUCUCGAGUUGCGCUAUCCCAUGAUCCUCAAGCGCUUCUGUCUUCGCACCGACAGCUCUGGCGGCCGAGGACGUUUCAAUGGUGGCGAGGGAGUUGAACGGGAUUUGCUCUUCCGGAAACCGGUUACAUUGUCAGUUCUUACUGAACGCAGAACUCUGCAGCCUUAUGGACUUGCAGGUGGUGAACCAGCAAAACCUGGACGUAAUCUCAUCGUUAAGCACGAUGGGCGAGUAAUUGCUCUGGCCGGAAAGAUCAGCAUCGAUGUGGAAGCAGGCGACACAUUUGCAAUGAAGACACCAGGUGGUGGUGGAUACGGACACACAGAUGAUUCCUCCAACGCUGAUCUUUCCCCGCCCAUCGGCCAACAACGAUUUGUGGAGCGGGGUACAGUUUAUAAUUACAGCCAAGCUCAAGAGUCUGUCUAAAGACAAUAUACAUUCUAGUGUUUUUAAAUGUUAA